AUGACUUCCCCAUCACCACCAAAUCGUCCAUCUCCAUGUCCAGCUCACGGCACACCGCCCAUCAGUGUCCCCCACAUCCCUAAAAUGCCUUAUUAUCCAUUCCGUGUCGCAAUUAUCUCAGCUCAGCUUGGCCGGCCAGGAGUAAACUGCGACAGACGAAGCGCAGCUUUCCGAAUUUUCGCCUCCUCCUUGGACGUUUUAUGCUGCUUGUACGCAAACCAAGCGCCGAUAAUCGUAGCAAUCGUAGCUGGGAUCGAUAUUCCAAUUGCCAGUUUCUCUCCGAGACUCAAGCCCGAAGAGGAGGACUGUGAUGAUGGCGAUGAAUUGGAUGGAGAGGUGUUGGAGGUGUUUGGAGUGUUUGUCGCGCUUGAGGAUGGGCUGGUAGGUUUUGGUGAUGAAGAUGCUAAAAGAAGGAAGUGA